UUCAAACGCCUCGACCUCCCCUGGACAGUAUAAAUACCCAUUCUCUCUCUCUCUCUCUCUCUUCUGGAGAAACUCCUAUUCCCAUAAUCUCAUUAGCGUCUCUAGUCACUCUCUCUCUCUAGCCUGUCGCCUCCUCCAAAUUCGGGACCAACCUCGUUCGCUUCACGCCUCAAACUCCAUCUUCUCUCUUUCUUCGUUCGCUUUCUCUUUGUUUUCUUGUUUGAGUCUCUCUUUCUUUAUCUAAGAGAUGGCGAGACGUUCGAAAAGGAAGGCGAACCAGAUUGAACAAAGCAAAUCUACUGAGGAGCUUCCGAAGGAAUCAACAAAAACUUCCGGCAGAGAAAAACUAGCAAAAAAAGCUUCUGUUUCUCGUAAACCUAAAGCUGAGCCUGAGUACUUCUCUGAGAAGCGGAAUCUGGAAGAUCUGUGGCAGGCUGCAUUUCUUGUAGGCACAGAGUGGGAUCAAUUGGACUCAGUUUAUCAGUUAAAGUGGAAUUUUUCAAACUUAGAAAAUGCUUUUGAAGAAGGCGGGGUGCUUCAUGGAAAGAAAGUCUAUCUCUUCAGUGUUACAGAGCCUCAAAUGGUACACUUCAAGGGAGAACGUAAAGUAAUGUGCAUACCUGUCGUAGUGGCGGUGGUGUCUCCUUUUCCGCCUUCUGAUAAGAUCGGUAUAAAAUCAGUCCAAAGGGAGACGGAAGAAAUAAUUCCCAUGAAGCAAAUGAAGAUGGAUUGGGUUCCAUAUAUUCCUUUGGAAGACAGGGAUAGUCAAGUGGACAAAUUGAAGUUCCAAAUUUACACUCUGAGCUGCACCCAAAGAAGGGCUGCUUUGAGUAACUUGAAGCUAGAGCGUGUCAAGAAGUAUGACUAUUGUCUACCUUAUUUCUACCAGCCUCUGAAGGAGGAUGAAAUUGAGCAGAGUACUAUUGUUCAGAUCAUAUUUCCAGCCGAUCCAAAACCUGUCUUUUGUGAAUUUGACUGGGAUUUGGAUGAGCUUGAGGAAUUUACUGAUGAUCUAAUUAAAGAGGAGGAAUUAUCUGAAGAUCAGAAAGAUGCGUUCAAGGAAUUUGUCAAGGAGAAGGUUAGAGAAGCAAAAAAAGCUAAUCGAAUGGCAAGGGAAGCCCGUAAAAAGGCCCUGGAGGAAAUGAGUGAGGAGACUAAAGCAGCAUAUGAGAAAAUGAAGUUUUACAAGUUCUAUCCUGUUCAAACACCUGAUACUCCAGAUAUAUCCGAAGUGAAGGAAAAGUUCAUAAAUCGGUACUAUGGGAAGGCCCAUGAGAUUCUGUGAUGGCUCCUGUCAAAUGUAGAUGAAGGCUAUUGACUCGGAUAUACAGAGUUCAGCUUAUUUCAGACGGGAACCAUAAGGCUUCUUGGUUUGAUUGUCUCUAAUAAUUGACCUGAAGCUAAGAUUCCGUGAUAGUCCAAAGGGGUUUAAAGGCGAGGCGACUAUCAACUGACGACCCACCAAAAGGUCAUGAAGCUAGGCUAGGUAUCAUAGGACAAAAUUUGUAAUAGCUUUUUUAUCUUUUUCUUUGUUUGGAUUUUGGAUAGUUUUGCUAGCAGCAGAUUUUGAGAGGGUUGUAAUUUUGGAAAUGAUCUUGGGCUCAUCUGGAAAAAAUCCCAUUUUUGAUCCCAUUUUUUUUAUAACAUUUACUUCUCUUAAUGUAAUCAAUGAAAAAUCUUGAGAGAUCUAUAGAAGAGUUGUUAGUUUUGGUGAA